AUGGAGGAAACCUACCUGCUGAAUGUGGAAGGGGUCAAAAAGAAGAUUCUGCAUGGAGGCCAAGGGGAGCUGCCAAAGUUGCAGGAUGGGAGCAAGAUCACCUUCCACUUCCAGACGCUGAAGGAUGACUUUGAGCGGACAGUGAUUGAUGACAGCCGGGAAGCUGGCAUCCCCAUGGAGAUCAUCGUGGGCAAGAUGUUCAAGCUGGAGAUCUGGGAGACGCUGCUCAGCUCCAUGAGAGCCGGGGAGGUGGCCGAGUUCUGGUGUGACACCAUCCACACGGGCAUGUACGCCCUGGUCUCCAGGGGCAUGCGGAGGAUUGCAGAGGGCCGGGACCCCCUGGAAGGGCAGAAGCACCGCUGUGGCAUGGGCAACAUGUUUGACUACCACAGCACAGGCUACGACGACCUGGAUGAGCUGCAGCGGACGCCGCAGCCCCUCAUCUUCAUCAUGGAGUUGUUCCGGGUGGAGGAGCCCUCGGCGUACAAGCGUGACACCUGGGCCAUGAGCAAGGAAGAGAAGCUGGCAGCAGUGCCUGUGCUGCACGGCGAGGGCAACCGUCUCGUCCUCCGCAAGGAGUUUGGGCAGGCAGCAGCGAAGUACCAGGAGGCUGUCAUCUGCCUGAGGAACCUCCAGGCCAAGGAGAAGCCGUGGGAGGAUGGCUGGCUGAAGCUGGAGAGCCUGGUCACACCACUGGUGCUCAACUACUGCCAGUGCCAGCUGGAGCUGGGCGAGUACUAUGAGGUGCUGGAGCACACGACGGAGCUCCUCCAGAAACACAACGACAACGCCAAGGCCUAUUUCAAGCGGGCGAAGGCCCAUGCUGCUGUCUGGAAUGAGCAGGAGGCACGGGAGGACUUCCUGCGGGUGGCUCACCUUGACCCCUCUAUGGCAGCCGCUGUGAAGAAGGAGCUGAAGCUGCUGGGGGAGAGGAUGAGGAAGAAGCACAUGGAGGAUCGGAAGCGCUACCAGGGGCUCUUCCAGCCACCCCAGGGGCUGCAGGCCAGCAAUGGGCAGGAGAGCAGGGAGAGCAGAGAUGGCACGAAGCAGCAAGGACAGCAGCACCACAGUACAUGGUUACCAGAGCAUUAG